AUGACAACUCCAAAUGUCACACAUCCACUGCCUACUUACCAUUUAGGUUGCAUCAGUGAGAUCCAACUAAGUAAAAAGAGUGUCACGGCUGCUCCAGCGGAGUCUCAUGACUUCAUGGAGGACCCUAGCUUCUUUAGCGAAGCUGGAGGAACCCCCCACAGCCAUAGCAUAGAGAAUGAAGCUGGUACGGAAGAGGCUCGGAACGCUGCUCAGAAUGCAGGGAACUUGAACAAUGUUGCAGCGGCUGGUGCUGCUGCUGGAGCUGCUGCUGCUCCGGUGGGAUUGGAAGCCGUUUUGGCUAUUUUGGCGCAAGUCUUGGCAAGAUUGCCUGCUGCGGCGGCACCUCCAGUGGCUCCACCUGUUGUGGAGGAAGUGGAGAACGUGGUGCCGGAUAGAGAAGAGGCACACGUUGCUAGGAAUCCGUCUUACCUCAAGAAGGACAUUGCUGUCCACUACUUGGACGGUGAUAAACACCUUUGGUGGCGAGGUGUAGCGGCUCGGAUUGGUGCAGAGCAUUGCACAUGGGCCAACUUUAAGACUGAAUUCCGUGGGAAGUAUUUUCCGCCGGAAGCAUUUGACCAGCUCGAAGGAGCUUUCCUCAGACUGGAACAGGGAACUAUGACUGUGAGGGAGUAUGAAGCGGAAUUCAACAGCCUCAAGAAGUAUGCUGGGCGUGAGGCCGAGUCGGAAAUCUCCUUGGUCCGCAAAUUCAUGCGCGGACUCAGGGUUGAUCUCCGAACUCGUUGUAAAAUCCGCAACUAUGAUACUGUGGCCGAGCUGGUGGAAAAGGCCGCAGAACAGGAAGCUGGAAUCAGUGAGGAAGCCAAGGUGUUUGGCACAGUGGCGCAUGUCCAUCCUGGUAAGCAUGCGGGAAAGAAUCAAAAGCCGGUGAAGGCUGGCUCUUCCAGCAAGCCGAAUGCAACAGGUCGCAGUGCGUGUUCGACUUGCGGGAAGAUGCACUCUGGUGUCUGCCGUGCUGCUACGGGAGCUUUGAAGAACAAGUACCCUCUUCCAAGGAUAGACGAGUUAUUGGACCAACUCCGAGGUGCUACUUGUUUCUCCAAGAUUGAUUUAGCUUCGGGAUACCAUCAGAUCCCGAUUGCUGAAGAGGAUGUCCGUAAGACAGCCUUCAGAUCGAGAUAUGGCCACUAUGAGUUUGUGGUCAUGCCCUUCGGAUUGACCAACGCCCCUGCAGCCUUUAUGAAGAUGAUGAAUAACGUUUUCAGAGAUUACCUGGAUGAAUUCGUUAUAGUCUUCAUAGACGACAUCUUGAUUUACUCAUUGAAUCAGGAAGAGCACAAGGACCAUCUGAGAAAGGUUUUGGACAAGCUGCGGGAACAUAAGUUGUUCGCCAAGCUCAGCAAAUGCAGUUUUUGGCAAAGAGAAAUAUGUUUCUUGGGUCAUGUAGUCUCGGACAAGGGAGUGUCUGUGGACCAAGAGAAGAUCAAGGCCAUUGCGGAUUGGCCCAGACCAAGGAACGCAACUGAGAUCAGGAGUUUUCUCGGACUGGCUGGAUACUACCGACGGUUUGUUAAGGGAUUUGCCAGCAUGGCUCAACCAUUGACAAAGUUGACCGGGAAAGAUGUUCAGUUUGUGUGGACAGAAGGCUGUGCUGUGAGUUUUAGCAAACUCAAGAUGAUGUUGACGACUACUCCAGUAUUGGCUCUUCUAAUGGACAACGAGCCAUACGUGGUGUACACAGAUGCAUCCAAAGUUGGACUUUGGUGCGUAUUUAUGCUGCAAGGAAAAGUGAUCGCGUAUGCUUCUAGACAGCUAAGGAAACACGAAGGGAACUACCCAACACACGACUUAGAGAUGGCUGCUGUCGUGUUUGCCCUGAAGAUAUGGCGGUCUUAUCUCUAUGGUGCUAAGAUUAGUUUGAACAUUGACUUGGAUGACACAUCUGCGCAUCAGUGGGAAUCUGCCUACUUGCAAUAA